AUGUGCAUUUUGGUUCUUUUGCUCUCGGGACUGAGUUGCUCAGGUCAAGGUUUUCAUCUCUACCUCACCAUGAAGUUGGCACUGGGCUUCUUUUUGGUAGCUAGCUAUUGCCUGGGGAUUCUAGGGCAGGUUCUAAAACAAAGCAAAGGAAGCAGCGGGGAAGAUAUUCACUUUCAAACUAAAGGCAAAGACGCCUGCACCGCAACCGUCAGCGGCCAGCUGGAAAUCAAACUCAGGAUCGAAUGCAAGAGCCCCGGCAAGCCUUACUGGUGUGAAUUCAGCGGCAAGCCAACCCUCUGCCGUCCUUUCACGAACAAUCCCAAACUUUAUUGGAAUCAGGUCACCCAGGAACUGAAGAAACUUCCCCACGCCUGUCAGUCUGUCGCUGUGCUGAAGCCCUCAGUGUGUCAGAAGGCACCACCUGAUGCUCAGCUGAGACAAAUAGCUUCGAGUCUGAAGGGGGCCCUGAGAUCUUCCAUCCUGCCGAAAUCUGCUAAGGAAACACAAUCAGGGAAAGGCAUCAUCAAAAAGACAGGAAAACCCAAGACCACCAGCCCGCCCGUUGUCAAACCGACCCUGCCAGGGCCAGAGGCAGGGAAUGACACGGAGUCCGUGAAGAUUGCAAAGGAAUAUUGUUGGGAGGCCCUACAAAGCUUUUGCUCCUACAUUAUCAGCCUCUUCAGGGGAUGAAGAGAGAUUUUCCCCAGAGCCAGAUUCUUAAAACCAAAGAAAAAUUCCUGCCACGGUUAUCUUCCAAUAUCACUUCCUGAUGGUUGGAGUUGCUUUCUGAAGGACACCUUCUGGAUCCAUUUUUUUUUAGUGUAUUUGUAUUUUGGACUUCUGAAAUUACACGUCUUUAUGAUCUUUUGGUUUAGAAACCAACAGCAUGUGAAUCUGAAAUCCUCAGUCACGUGGACAAGAACAGGCAAAUCUUUCUAGAGCUUUAAAAAAUGUAACCCUAGGCAUUUUGUUGUAAAUCCUUUAGAUGCUUAACCUUCCUAAAGAGUCCUGUAUUAUGCUAAGUUGUAUCACAUACAAUAUUAAGCCUUGAAUUUGGGUAGAGCAAGAUCUAAAUGCUGUACAUAAAUGCUCAAUAAAAGAAUCUUAUCAGAGGUA